CACCUCUUCCUACUACGUUACGCCCCCACCGGUCGGGAUAGGUCGCCAUCGCCAUCAUGAGCGGCCAGAUCGAUGCGCUCUACAUCUUUGAUGAGCAGAGCAAUCCGAUCGUCGAACAGGUCUAUCGCUCCCGUCCUCCCUCCGCACCGGCCAUUCUCCCCCUCUAUCUCGCCCAUGCAGCUCCGCGCCCUUCGCUUCUCUACAUCCCGGGUACUACGCCGCCGGUGACGGUGUUCUCAGUAGUCCAGUCCAAUUUAUUGUUCCUGGCGCUAUCCGAGGUCGAUACCGAACCGCUGCUUGUGCUGGAAUUCUUGCAUCGGGUCGUUGAUGUUCUCGAGGACUUCGUUGGAGCCCCCUUGCUUUCGUCGAAGCUGCAGGCGAACUAUGAGGUGGUCGCGCAGCUGCUCCAUGAAAUGUGCGAUGCGGGUAUCGUAUGCAAUACCGAGCCCAAUGCGCUGCAGGAGGUGGUGGAGAUGCCGGGAUGGAUGGGGAAGCUGUUAGGUGGAGUUGGAUUGCCUGGAUCAUCGACACCGAUCUUGGGACAGCCCAAUGCCUUGAAGCAAUCGAUGGCCGCCGCCGCCGCCCAAGGCCCUGCGAUUCCCUGGAGAAAGUCUGGAGUGAGACAUACCUCAAACGAGCUAUACGUUGAUAUCAUAGAGUCGCUUUCAGUCACGAUAGCGCCAUCGGGACGGCUGAUCUCUGCGAUAUCCUCCGGCACGAUCGCCUUUACGGCCAAAAUAUCCGGAGUACCCGAUCUGCUUCUUUCCUUGACAGCGCCCGGAGGCCAAAAAGUCCUGGGACGAAAGUUUGAGCUGCCAGUAUUUCACCCAUGUGUAAGACUGGCGCGGUGGCGGGAACGCCCAGGAGAGCUCAGCUUUGUACCACCAGAUGGACGGUUCAUCCUUGCCGGGUACGAGGUGGACCUAUUGCCAAUGGAUCCCGGACUUGACCAGCCCCCGAGUCAUAUGGAAAAGCUCUUCUUGCCUGCAUUCGUGGAUGUUCGCAGGUCGCUUGGGCCAACCGGCUCAGACUUCGAGGUCCGCCUCAUUCUCAACACAAAUUUCCCGGGCUAUUCGUCUUUCAACCGACCCGGAGUCGGGAGAAGCGGAUCAGGCACGUCGACGCCCUCUUUUCUCGGCGGAGGAAGCGGGAACUCGUCAAUGCCGGCACUGGAAGAGGUUGUCGUGACCGUCCCAAUCCCCAAAACGGUUCGGAACAUCACAGACAUGCAAGCAAGCCGUGGAGAGGCCCUAUUCUCGCCCGGCAGCGCCACAUUAGAAUGGCGAGUGCCGACCAAAGACGCCGGCACAAUUUCCGGGACAGCGACUCUCCGGUGCACCGUUGUGGGACACUAUGCUGACGAUGACCUGGAUGACGACGUGGAAGAAAUCGACGCAGACGCCAACCUCCUUCAAGGCUACUAUGACGCCAGUGCAUCUUACCAGAACGCCGAAGCAGACACCACGAAACGCAAGAUCAAGAAAAAGAAGAAGAAGAAGGUCGUCAAGAAACCAUCCUCCCGUGCAGCAGCAGCAGCAGCGACAGCAGAGGCUUCAGCUUCAGCCUCGUCACCCGCCGAUCCCCUCGCCCUGCCUUCCGAAGACCCAGAACUUCUUGACGCAUCCGAACCACACACCCCAACACCUCCCGUUGACCUGUCCUCUCCACAACCCGAAUCAUCUAUCCCCCAGUCCCAGUCCCAGCCCCAGCCUCAAUCACAGAAACAAUCCCCCGCCCGCACGCCCCCCGAAUCCUCCAUCUUCCUUUCGGCCCCUCGCAAAACCAAGACCCAACUCAACGCCACCCUCAUGCCCAACUCCGCGUCCGUCUCGUUCUCCGUCCGAGGCUGGCUCCCUUCCGGCAUCAAGGUCGAAAGUCUGAACAUUGACCCGCGCCGGAGUCGUGGACUAGGCGAGGGCGUGAAGCCCUACAAGGGGGUGAAGUAUAUCUGUGUGAGUCGGAAGGGCGUGGAACGGCGAUGCUAACUAAGAUAAGAAAGAAUACUUCUCUGGUUAUAUAUCUAACUACAAUUGAAUCUAAGAUUUGGAUAUGGAUGGCUAGUAUCAGUGUAUUGGAAGCACUCGACUGUACCUGGUAAACAGCACUAUCUGGGUUUUAUUGAUCUUGAUGGUGGUCAAAAGCGGUUUAGAGCACUAUAUCAUAGGCAGAUGUUCUAUCAUGUUCUUUCUC